CGACAAACAAGCGACUGAUCGCGGCGUCAAUGGAAGGGCAACCUGUUGUCGUAUGAGUACGAUGGAACAGACUUUUCAAAACCAUUCAAUGCAUCAAUAACAUAAUCCUUCAUCAUGGAAUAUCUCAACGCGCUUCAGUCGCCCGUUGACGAUUUCAAACCAUCACUUUUCGAACUUCUUUCGGAGCAGCAACUUGCCGCGCUUCUUCCGCCUACAUUACGCUAUCUUCUCGCUGUCGCGACUCACAGACAUCCCCGAUACCUAUUGCGGAUCCUGAACAAUUACGAUGAAGUAUACGGGCUGUUGAGUCUUGUGGUGGAGCGAUAUUAUCUCAAAACAUUUGGUGGCAGUUUCACAGAGAACUUCUACGGACUGAAAAGAGAAAAGGUCCUGAACAUCAAUGGCGGCGAGAUCAAAAGGACACAGUUGGCGGUUCCAGAAGAGGUUCGCCAGAGAUUGAAGCUGAGCGGCACCGACAUAUGGAAAAAUCUCGUCGUCCUCGUCGGCAUUCCCUACUUGAAGAGAAAGCUGGACGAAAGCUAUGAUAUACAUAUCGCGCCGACUGCCAGUCUGCUCAUGGCAGGAGGGCCAAGAUACCUCAACAGGGACGAGCUCCCUCCGAAUCCGACCAUCCGACAGCGCUUGAUGUGGUAUUACAAGUGGUUCCUCCGGAAUGUGUACCCCAGCAUAAAUGCAGCCUACCACUUCAGCAUACUGGCAUUCAGCUUAGGAUACCUCUUUGAUGGGACAAAGUAUUCAAACCCAUUUUUGUGGAUGAUAGGAACACGAAUGCGGAGGAUGGGAGCUGCCGACUACCGGGCCAUCGACGCCGCGAGCGAAGCCGCAUCGAAAGCUACCAAUGUCGGGGGUUUACCAGGCCAGGGUCUUAGCGGUUUGCUACACCCACGCACUCUUUAUCCUCGGAUCUUGUCAAGUCUGCGAAUUCUCCUCCCCACAAGUAUAUUUGCUUUGAAAUUUCUGGAAUGGUGGCACGCCAGCGACUUCUCACGACAGUUGAGCAGGAAAGCCUCAGAGGGCCUAGAAUUACCACCGCCCAUCGUCUCUGGGAUGGGCUUAGCACAACGAGUCGCCUCUGGGCAGGAUCCCAGCACGCCAAACACCGCUGCGAAACGAAAUCCGCCAGUGUCCAGCAUCACAUAUCUGCCGAUCCUCACUGUACCUCCGCCGCCUUCGAGCGAUCUCUGUCCAAUUUGUUUGCACCCCAUCUCAACCGCUGCAUCAUGCCAGACCGGCUAUGUUUUCGAUUAUAAAUGCAUAUUCCAAUGGAUCGAAGGGACGCACGAAAGACAAGAAGCUUUCAUGAAAGGGGAAAAGAUGAGUGAAUGGGAGGAGGAUGACGAAGACGAGGCGUCUCCCGAGAAAGAUGGAGAGGCACAGGGGAAAGCUCCCCAAAGCCGAGAAGGCCACUGGGAAAGUGGCAAAGGUCGUUGCGCAGUCACUGGCCGGCGGGUCCUGGGCGGCACGAGUGGUCUGCGUAGAAUCAUGGUGUGAUUAAGGUGUUGGUUGAUACUUCUCCAUUCUACUUAUGCCGGUAUUAUGUUCAGGUUGAGGACUGGCCGAACUAAGGGCUCUCUCGAUGUUACUCCUGUGGCGACAAACUCCCCGUUGUGUUCUAGCCAUAGUAACCUGACCACAGGCGAGAAGUGGUCACGAUUGCCGUGUCAUUCUCGACUGCUAGGGGUAAAUGUCGGCUGAAAGUCUCCCAAGCCCAAGGCAUCAUGUCCAUCUACAGUCUGAAACAGACAGGGCAGCAGGUCCCCCCAUCUUAUGCAUGACGAGCAUUACUAUCUAGUGCACUCUAAGUCGAAGUCCGGAGAUUUCGUAAGCGACGGUGGUUAAUAGGCGAGUCAAGCCGAGCGGGGCGGGGCGGAUUCAGGGGAUGAAACACUUGCAUCUCUUGGCAGGACAAUCUUCUACUUGAGUUCCACUCCACGAACGUUGAGAAGACUUAGUACCCAUGGACAAUCUUUUCUUUGCAAUGCUGCACAGAGAACUCCGUACCUCUUACAGAGAUCAUGUUGUCGAGUCGAACUAUACAGAUCCAUCACAUUACGCCUGGGACGCCAAUUUCACCUUGACAUACAGAUAUAUAUUGGCUGAUCAAACCCACAUUCCAUCAGUGCCUAAAACAACAUGAUCGCUCGUCGACUUUUUUCUGAAACAGAUACCUCCCGCCGAGUCCUCUGGCAACAUUCUUGGCAAUAUGGCAGAUCUGGUACUUGUUUUCUUGGUACGGAGUACAGAGUACGAUAGAUCCAGUGUUUUCAUCCCGACUACGAUGCUAUCACCCCUAUAUGUCUUCUGAGCACCAGCAACUCCCCGGC